UAAACUCUUUACAAUCUCAAAAACACUGGCUGUCAUCAAUGUGCCAUACUGCCACAAUGACAUUUUUAACAGCAUUUUUUCUUCUCUUCCUAACAGGACAGAGCACCUGUCAAUAUCAGCAGAAACUCUACUGUCCUUAUACACCUACGAACAAACAUCAGGCCAGGGUUUGGUGCAAGAGAGAUACCCAGAAUGAAAGCUGCUGCACAGGCUUCUCAUUCAUGCCAAAUGUCAGCAUUUUGGAACAAAAUAAUGUUAAUGUAUAUGAUGAUGGAAACGCUUUCACUGUCUUGGUACGCACACUGACCCAAGGAGAUGGAGUCUACUGGUGUGGGUUGAAGGCUGAAGACAAUACCAUCAUAAAACUGGCAGAGGAUUACUUUUCCACUACUCCACUAAACUUUGUGUGGUCAAUCCUCCGCUGGAUUUUUUUCCUUUUGCUGCCUUUGAUGUCCAUCUCAACUUACGUUUAUUCAAACAGGAAUGGAGGUACAAAGAAAACAAAUGAACAUAUUAUGAUGUCUGAUGCCGUGUAAAGCGGGCAGAAGAAGACGGGAACCACAUUUGCUGUAGAAUGAUGACAUGGUUCCUAAUUGUUGUUCUUCCCUCCAAAUCACAAUUUAUAUAUAUAUGUUUUUCAACUCCAAGAUUUUAAAAUUGUCUAUUGAAGAGGGGUAAUAAUAUAGUCCCAUUUGCUUUGUUAAAUGUGAAGCUUUCAAAUGCCCAGUUAUUGCAUAUAGGCUAUCCUUCAUGUAAAGUUUAAACUGUUUAGUCAUUAAAGGAAAAAAAAAA